AUGUCUGAUUUCGAAGAUGACGAUCUCGCGAACGAUCUGGAUAAUGAUUUUGGAGAAGUUUCUGAUGUUGAAGAGGAUAAUAUCGAAGAAAUCAAGGAUGAGAUAAUGAGUCCACCAGAUGACAUAGAACCAAGUGGAGACCAUAAAGAACUUACUAUAUCAGAAGUGAUAGAAAAUUUAAAGAAACGCAUUGAAAACUAUGUUCCUUUUGAUAUAUCAGAUAAGACCAUUGAAAGUAUCGAACCACAGAAGAUAUCCUCGAUUUUACCUGUUAGUCGUCCAGUAGAAAGAUUAAUAACUGAAAAUAUUACUAAGCUAGAGGAUGUACAUACUUUACUGAACGAACUUUCUCCAUUAAUAACAAAUGACAUUCGAUUACUAAGGAAGUAUAUAAAUAUGAUUUAUGCCAAAAGGUUCGAUGAGCUUGAGACCAUUUUACCAUCAGAUAACCAAUAUGCAAAAGUGGUGAAGCUAUUGGAACAAAUAGACACUAAAAGUACCAGCGAAACUGAAUUGUCUCAUCAAUUAUUAACUUUGUGUGAGUUAAGCAAAGAACAGAAUUUGGUGGUUUUGAUGUCGAUGAAGACAUCCUUCAACAAUAACAUGGAAUUUAAUCAACAUAUGAAAACCAAUUUAUUCCAAGUGAGUGAUAAUAUUCUAUCUUUAAUCGAACUGCAACACAAUAUAUCAAGAUAUAUAUCAUCCAAGAUUGAAUUAUUAGCGCCAAAUGUCUCUGCAUUAGUAGGUCCUAAAGUAACCUCUUUAUUAGUUUCUCAUGCUGGUGGUAUUCUCGGGUUAAGCAAAAUCCCAAGUUGUAAUCUAGCCUCUAUAGGGAAGAAUAAACAUAUAAGUUACGAACAACAUACGACGGCCAGUGGUAUAAGGCAAGAGGGCUAUAUCAGUUCCACAGAAAUAAUACAAAACUUACCUAUAUCAUAUCAUAAACAGAUGUUACGAAUGGUAUGUGCCAAAAUAUCGUUGGCGUCCAGAAUAGAUUGUAGUCAGAGAGGAACUGAUAAGAAUAAUACUAUGGGGCUAAAAUGGAAAGAAGAGAUCGAAAAUAAAAUCAAAAAAUUACAUGAAUCUCCAAAUGUUACAGAUGAUAAGGCAUUACCGAUACCGGAGGACAAACCUAAGAAGAAACGUGCUGGUCGGAAAUUUAGAAAAUAUAAAGAUCAAUUUAAAUUAUCUUAUGCAAGACAACUUCAAAACCGUAUGGAGUUUGGGAAACAAGAGACUACAGUGACGGAUUCAUUUGGAGAAGAAGUAGGUCUUGGUAUGAUGAAUACACCAAUCCAACAAGCCACAGGGUCCUCUCACAAUAAUGAUAGAGGAGGAAUUACGAAGCUGAGCAAGAACAUGAAGAAAAGAGUACGUGAAGCUGACGAACAAACUAGAGAGUAUAUGUUAACACUAACAGGAGAUACCCACUAA